CAUCUGGCUGCAAAGCGAAAAUUCGAGGUCAACAUCGGGGGCGAAGGUUGAAAGAGAAAGAACGGAGACGGGAGGGCCCAAUUUUGCUUGUGACGACUCUCCCCGACCUCCGAGACCCGCCCAUUCUUUGGUUGCUCCCCCAUAAGUCGUCCGCAAUUUUUCAAGUAAAUCGCGGUACGGACCAGAGCCGCGAUCGCUGACCAGUCAUCCAACAAAAGAAAAAUAUGGCUGUCGACCAAGAUCAGUUCGUCCACCUUGCCAGGCCUCUGGCGCCGACCCUCCUGGGCUUCAGCGCCGGCAAUGCCCCGCUCACCGUGAACAUCCAGCCGCAAGCAGUCUUCUCCGUCAUCGACCACGCCGUCCGGCGCGACAUACGGGACACACAGUCGACGAGGGUGAUUGGCGCCCUGGUGGGCACGCGCAGCGAAGAUGGCAGUGAGGUUGAGGUGCGGAGCACCUUCGCCAUUCCGCACACGGAGAACGAGGACCAGGUCGAGGUGGACGUCGAGUACCAAAAGAACAUGCUGGCGCUGACGCUCCGGGCGUCCCCGCGCGAGACGCUGCUCGGUUGGUACACGACGUCGCACGAGCUCAACAGCUUCUCGGCCCUCAUUCAAAACUUCUUCGCCUCGCCCGAGACGGGCACUUUUCCCCACCCGGCCGUGCACCUGACCAUCUCGACCGAGGCCGGCGCGCCCAUCGAGACCAAGACGUACGUCUCGGCGCCCGUGGCCGUCUCGCCCGAGCGCGCGGCCGAGUCGUGCCUGUUCAUCGAGGUGCCCCACCGGCUGCUCUUCAGCGACGCCGAGCGCGCCGCGCUGGGCACCGUCGCCGCCGCGGCCGAGUCCGAGACGCGCGCCGCCCCCGUCGUCAGCGACAUUGAGAGCCUCGCGCAGGCGCUCGAGAGCGUGUCCGACAUGCUGGACCGCGUCUCGGGCUACGUCGGCGAGGUGCUCGACGAGGAGCGCGACGGCAACCACGCGCUGGGGCAGUACCUCAUGAACGCGCUGUCGCUGGCGCCCAAGGUGUCCAACGCCCAGAUCGAGCUCGACUUCAACAACCACAUCCAGGACGUCCUCAUGGUCUCGUACCUGGCCAACACGAUCCGCACCCAGAUCGACCUCGCCCAGCGGCUCGCCACGGCCCCGCUCAUCGGCGGCGACAAGGAUGGCGGCGAGAGGAGUAAGGAGGGCGGCGGCGCUGGCGGCGACGAGGGCGGCAAGCAGGAGAGCGGUGGCGGCGCCGGCGGGAGAAGUGGCGGAGCCAGGAGAGGCAAGCAGGGCGGUGGUAGGCCCGGUGGGCGCGGCGGUGGUCAGCAGAGGGAUUCGCGGGAGAAUGGCGAGUAGAAAGGGUACACUUAGGGAAGAGGAAAAAGAGACACUUGAAAGGGAGAACAAGAGGACGCAUUGGGACUAUCUGUUUGUGUGUUUUGUCAACAGCAGGCGAUAUAUCCCAGCCAGUCUUGUCUUUGUCGGCUUACAUCCUCUUUAACUUUUCUACUCUAGGAGUUGUAUCUGCAUGCAUGACGGCAGAACCAUGGAAACGCAGACAAAGAAAGGUGUUUCGCUUGGAUCAGUCUGGCCGGUGGCAGUCUGCAGGAACACUGGCAUAGAGGGCAGCAGGCAGGGGAGGGAUGCACUUGAAGAUUAGAGGUGAUUGGAACCUUCUAUCCUAUGAGAUGGCAGAGUAAGCGCAUCAGGCGCUAGGCUAGAGCUCAAAAAGUAAGAGGUAUCGAGAUGACGACCACAUGAGUGAAAUGGUUUUUGCUAUCCUUUUUGUAUCUAUUCUCCACAUCAUAACCUGAUGUGGGUAUCGUGAUCGAAACUAUAUCAUAUU